AUGAUGUUCUCUAAACUAGACCUAAACGACGGCUAUCAUCAGCUGCUACUUAAGGAAGACUGUCGUCAUAUCACAACGUUCGCAACUCACAUGGGACUUUACAGGUACAAGUGGUUGAACUUCGGAAUAAACGCAGCCGCCGAACUUUUUCAAAAUACGGUUCGUCAAGUACUUGCGGGCAUUCCCGGUGUAAAAAACAUCAGCGACGACAUCCUGCGUGAGCUAACAUUCUUCGGACAUAUCUUCUCAGAGAAAGGCAUCAAACCAGAUCCUGCUAAGGUGCAAGGCUUCCUAAAUAUGCCACCUCCAAGAGAUGUGUCUGAGCAGUACAGCUUCACUGUACAACACCAGAAAGGAUCAGAAAAUCCUUCAGAUUACAUGUCCCGACAUCCUGUAGGGCAAACCAACCCCGGGUUUCGAACCAGCAAGGUACCCGACGAGUAUGUCCUAUUACUGUCAAGAAUCGCAGUACCUCGUGCAAUAAACACCGAGGAUGUCAUUAAGGCAACAUUGGCCGAUGUCACGUGUCAAGAACUCACACAAGCAAUUCAAGCAUGCCACUCUAUGAGGCACGAUCUGUGGAAUAAGCCGCACGUCAAACCCUACAAGCCUCUAGAGACUGAACUGUCUGUGACGCCACAAGGUCUCAUACUGCGAGGCACAAGGUUACUGCCCCCUUCAGGUCUUCAGGAACGUGCAGUUCAGCUUGCCCACAAAGGACACAUGGGCAUGGUGAAGACUAAACAACUGCUCCGCGAGUCCGUUUGGUUUCCCAAAAUGGAUACCCUCGUAGAAAAGGCAGUGCGCAAUUGGAUUCCAUGCCAAGCUGUCACAGAUGGACCAAAACGCGAUCCUCUAAAGCCAACUCCACUGCCUGAAGGGCCAUUGGGAAAACCUUGCGAUGGACUUUGCAGGCCCAUUUCCGAAUGGAAAGUACCUUCUGAAAAUAGCGAUGAAGACGACGAACUGCCUGAUGACACCAGACGCGACGACCCACAAAACCAAACCAGUAACGAUCCACCAGAUGAUGAUCGACACCACGACAGUGUCUCCGCACAGGACUCUGGUUCUCCCAACCGGUACCCCAUCAGAAGUUCAAGAGGUGUGCCAGCAGAGAGGUUCAACUAUACCUAG